AUGGCCGAUCUUCGCUUCAAACUCACACGUAUCGUCUCUCGCCACGAACAACUCAAAAUCGCCUUCAAUCAGCUCAAUUCUCAGAUCAAAAUAGGUUUGCUCGAGGCCGAAGAUGUGUUCGCAUCGCUUGCAGUUCCAUUGAUGAAGCUUGUGGAUUUCAAGGAUGUUGAAAUGGCUAAGGAGGGAAGAUUCAGUACUAUUUUCAUGGAUACUACUGAUUUACUUUCUCAGGGUCACCAGAGAAACGAUUUCAGAUCUGCAACACCUGUGAGGUCGGCUUCUGCAGUUGGCGGGAUGGAUCAGAAUUACAAGAUUAAUACAUUGGCGGAAGAAAUAUACACAGCUAGAGCCAGCACGGUAUGUGAUGAGCUUAUACAGAGACAAAAAUUGCAACUUACACUAUUGGUUCACCUUCUCAAACAAAUUGAAACCCAAGUCAAUCGUAGCCAAGAUGACAUCUUUCAAACACUUACUGACCAUCGAGCCUCAAUCCAAAAGUUCUUCAAGAAAGCUGUGACUUAUGUAUCUGCCAUUCUCCAGUCGAAUCAAAACAAUGGCAUCUUUUUCCUCAUGCUAAAACUCCUCAAAACCACAUUUGAUCAUGUGGGUUCAGCCCUCAGCUCAGUAGAGUGUGAUGUGGAAGACAUGAUGCAAAAACUAGCUGAAAAUAUGUGUAUUCCUAUGGUUGAGUAUGUGAAAGGUCUUAAAACUGAAAUGACCUCUGGAACAUGCCCACAGCUAUUGGCCAUAGUGGAAGAGAUGGGAGGAGCAAUGAGAGAGGGAAGGGUAGAGUUGGAGGAAGUUAGAAACAAGGUGAGAAUAGCAGAAGAAAGGAAGCUUGAGGCUUUGAGCAGACUGAAGGAAUCGGAAGAAAGAGUUGGAAAAAUGAAUGAACAGCUUGGGUUCUUCUUAGAAGCUAAAAGGGGGUCCAAUGAACAUUGUUUAAAACACAAGCUUUUAGGUAUGGAGGAAGAUCAACCUAAAGACGAUAAACUGUUGUGGGAAUUACUGAAAAAGAAAAGGAAGUAUCAAAUACCAGGCAGUCCAGUUGGACCCAAAGAGCUUCUGGGCAUAGGAACCAACAAGAAACACCUUAUAUCAGCACGGGAGAGACAAUCGACGAAUUGCAGGCCCAUUACAAAGAGCUACUUGCGACGGCUAAGCCCCCAAACCCCAUGCUUGGAUCCUUGGCUCGCAUUGGGUUCCUCACCCUCAGCACCAACCCACCAAGUUUUGUCUCGGAAGCGCAUUACACCCUGA